UAUACCGUUGGGUAAGGAUCGACGAAUUGAAUCUAACGACGCAAACGGAUUUCAAUUCGGAGCAAGUUCACCCGAAAAGUGUGUUUUACUCAGACGCGUUAUUUUAAAUUACAUAGUACAAAACCCAAGAUAUAUAUAUAUAGGAUCUUUCGCCUGCUUCGAUCCAAAUCGCCGUCGUCCUCGCUCCUCUUCUCCAGACAUGGGUUACGACGGCAAGGUGGAAGAGUCCGACCGGCGACGAUCUACAGAGGCGACGACGGGGAGCGAUCUGGGAACCUCGAACCAGCGAGCUCCGACCGUCCGACGACGUCUGGCCAAAAUCCGAGCGACAGCGCUCUAUCCAACGGCGAGUUCCGGCAGCGACGCCGGUGACCGACCACAGUGGACCAGCGACGAUUUCUGCCGGCAACCCCCUGUCCAGCGACCUCUGUUCCGGCGAAGUCCAGCAGCUCCGGCAGAGUAACAGCCAGCAACGAUAGGACAGAUCCGGGCGGGCUUGGGCAGUGACGAGCUUGCUUGGGCGCCGUCUACCCUCUCCGUUUGGGAGUUUCUCUCUACAGGAACUGCAGUGCUGGCCAGUGUUCACGUAACACGGUUCACAGAGUAUCCUAAACUACUGCUUCCUCCGUGAUUUUGUUGUGUUUUUUGUGCAAAAUUUGGAUCUCCAGGAUCGACUUCAAUAGAGGAUUCCAUUUUUGAGUUUAUCUUUUCUGAUUUGGGAAUAGAUUUUGCUGAAAUUG